GAUGUGUUGUCUUCUUAAAUUCAGAGGGCCCCCUGCCUGUCUUUGCCUUGGGCCCCAAAUUUCCUAAAUUCGCCUCUUGACAUGGGAGCUGAUUGAGCUUCUUUCCUGAAAUGAGGACCUUAUCUGCUUUAACCCUCUUCCUGCCUGCUGUCUUCCUUGGUUUAUUGGAUCUUCUCUGUAAGGCAGUUUGCUGCACCAGGUUUUAUUCAGGGUCUUAUCAGAAUAAAAAGGUGCUGAAUGUGUUUGACGCGCCGAAUCCUCCUUUUAAGGUCUUCAGUCUCUUCCAGGAGUCUAAUCAGAGCAGCUGAGAAAACAAUCAACCAAGAAAUCCCAAAUGUUUCAGCAGUCCACCACGUUUUGGUGUUGAAGUCUCAGCUUAUCCACUGCAUGCUCGCGCACACGCCUGGGAUCCGUGGAACGUGUCCAGGGUCAGUUUCAUGUCCUGUGCGUGCGCGCGCGCGCGCGCUCCUUUAAGUGGAAGCCUGCUGCACAUUUAUCCACGUCCGAGAGGAUAAACAGUGAAGGACAGAUGUCUGUUGGCAGAUUCCUGCAACAGAGAAGCUCCGUGACUGGUCCGUGUGACCCCCCCCCUCCCGCAGCAGGAACAAAAAGACAUCUGAGACAUGUGGAUGGGGAGGAAAGUUGAGAGCACUUGGUGAGGCCGCCGCAGCGCUCCGGUUUCAUAAGGUCUCUGUCAGCCGAGGCGCGCAGGUUUUUACGCAUCGCAUCCAUUCCUGUCUCUGCUGAGGAAACAGGCAGCGGGUCCUUCUGUGGAGCAGAUAACAAAGUUUACUCUUUUUUUCUCUCUUUAUCACUUAUUUUGUUAGAUUUUUAUGCCCUAUAAGAAAAAAACAAAUCAACGCGCAUUGAUGGAUGUUCAGAAACAGAGCUGCGUAAACUUGUGGAACUGGGAGGCUUUUUUUUCUGCAUUCCUUUAAAUUCCACCUGAUGCGUAAAAAAGGAGGAGAAACUCCGGACUUCUCUGGUUCCGGCGCAGCUCCGCGGACGCGCGCGCCUCCCUCCCUCUCUUCCUCUCCCUGGACUUUCAGAAACCGACCAGAACUCCGUCCUGCUUGGAGCUCCAUCCGCGCCGUGUUGUUAUUUACUCAUUAGACUCCAUUAGAGGCAAGACUGAACAGGUUAGUGGAGGUAAAGAAAGAGGGAGCCUCGCCUGAAAAACUGGCUCCUGUUCAUCCAGCGAUGGUUUGACGUGAGUCACCGGAGCGACACAAGUAGAUUGGGGGUAAACAUUUUUUCCUCUUCUGACUGUUUGACUGUCUGUCCUCCCACCUCCACAUCCACCUCUCUCUCUGUUGGAUUGUUUACGCCACAGCAAAACAAACUCUGGAAAGCUGCAGUUUAUUUUCCUCCGCCUGGAUGAUCCUCCACAAAUUCCCAUCUUUCCUCCUGAAACACGUUUUUUUUCACUAGAAGAAAGAAAAUAUUCCAGAUUCCCAAUAGUGAUAUGAGGAUCAGCUCUAAGUUGAGCUUUUAAACUUGAGGACUGAUUGUUUACCAACCAAUCUUUCUUUUUUUUUUUUUUAUCUAAGGGUGCUGAAACACCAAAGAGGGGAAAAGCGCAUUCUGGACGCGCUGAAAGGCGCAGGGAGGCGGCGCCUCGGAUCUUUUUUCGAUGGCUCCUUGCAGCCUGCUUCUGCCUCAGAUGAGACAUUUCGCCGCGGACAGUAGCGAGCCGUGACGCCACGCCGUGAAAACAUGACGCGUCGCAGCGCACGGAGAGCCGCAGGCGUCGGCGGCGGGUUUCCUGCUCCUUCCGAUGCGCACCGGGAGCGGAUUUCCCACGGGACAGCUGGUGGGACCAGAUGGAGGGUUUGGAGAAAGGAUAGACACAUUUCUUCUGUCAUGUCAGCAAAGGCUAAGGUGCUGCUCUGGGUGCUCAUCUCUUUGCUGCCUCUUGUGGAAGGAGCUCACAUGAGGGCCCCCACUGCUGCUGCCGCUGCCUCAGACUUAAAGCAUGCUGCAGGCCUCCUGGAGGCGCAGGAGGAGAGAGAGUUCCCAGUGACGCUGCCAGAGGUGGUGGAGGAUAAGGAGCAGGAGGAGGACAGCGACACCUACCCUACAUGGCAUGCUCUAUAUGAGCCCUUCGUUAUGGAGGAGAUGGAUGAUCAUCCCAUCGUCCGCUGGGCAGGGCGCUCCCCACGCUCCUCUGACCCCACGGAGCCUCAGCCCAAGGGAUCACAGAAGAAGAAAAAGAAACGAAAGAAGAAAGAAGAGGAGGAAGGUGAAGAGACCGGAAAAGCAGAUAGAAGAGGGAAAGGAAAAAGCAAACAACCGAAACAGAGCAGCAGGGACUGCCGGGUGGAGAAGAAAGAGAUGAAGGUCCGGGACCUCGGACUUGGAUUCGACUCCGACGAAAUUGUCCUUUUUAAGUUCUGCGUGGGCUCCUGCCAGAGCUCGAGAACAAACUACGACCUGGCGCUGAACGCACUGCUAGAAAACGGCUCGCUGCCUCGCCGCACUGCCCGUAAGGUCAGCAGGAACCCGUGCUGCCGGCCCGACCGGUACGAGCCGGUUUCCUUCAUGGACACCACCACGACGUGGAGGACCAUCCAGUCGCUCUCGGCUGCCAGUUGCAUGUGCAUCGGCUGAAACGCGCGGCCCAAAGGAGCUGCAGCGACGCUCAGCGUUCUGUGGAUUUAAACUACGACCAGAGGGAAGCUGCGUCCCUCACCGAGCAUAGGAAGUUAUAGAGGCCUUUCUCUGGGUGCAGCUGGACAUUAAGGAGCCUAAAUCUUGUCUCACCUUUGUGUCCGACGCAGGAUUUAGGGCCCUCCGGGGGCCCUGGAACUCCUCCGACAAAACAACUCCUAUCUAAACAUGUUUUGGUUUUCUGUGGGAGAGACCUGACGGCUAAAGCUCAAGAGAUUUAAAAAAGCCUAGUUAAAGGAGAGACGGUGUGUUUAUACUGUAACUUUAACUAAACACACAGAUAGACACUCACUGCAAACAGUGAAGCCAAAGAUUCCCAACAGUCUUUUCUGUCCCCCCCCAUUCACACAAACAGGGACCUCACUCCGUAUCUUCCUCUAUACGUUCAGGUGAACUCAGCCUAAUGGAUGCCAUGCAUCUUCCUGUAUUACUGUGUAAGAGUAACAUAUAUUUAUUACUGAUAAAUUAUUUAUUUAUUAUGGCUUCAUAUGAGAGCUGUUUUUAUAAACGGUAUAAUGUAGAUACAAAUAUAUUUAUUUAUUGCCAAGAUUUCACAUUUCACAGCUGCUUUUGUUGGAUUCCUCUCAAAUUAAAAACUAAACUAAACAAACAGCUAGUUUAUCUGUAGGUAUUGUCUUUUUCGUGCAGAUUAACCCAAACCAUCAGUCUGUAAAUUAUCCUCUGGCUAUUAUCGCGAUGUUUACCUAAGCACAGCCCCCUGGUUGUGAUUCUGGUUUGUAGGCAUGGGCCGGUAGACGACGCUGACAGCGUGGUGACACAAAGAAACAAUAAUAAACUUUUACAGCAUUGACACAAACAUUGGAAGCAACACUCUGUAACUUUUGAUCCAACUUUUAGAUUAAUUUCAGACAUAUUCCAUUAUUUUUACAGGUCAAUGUUUAGUACUUUAGCAGAAAAAAUGUUGUUUUACCCUAAAAAUAAGAGUGUGUACUGAAAAAUUACUUUUUUUAAUUCAAUUCAGUUUAUUUCUCUUGCGCCAAUUCACAGCACAUGUCAUCUCAAGGCACUUUACAGUUCAAACAGAUCAUUCAGUCAAAUUUAUUCAAAAUUUUCUAAGGAAAACCAGCUGAUUGCAUCGACUCAUUGACUCUUCAGCAAUCCCUCACUAUAGUACAUUAUUUAGUUUCUUAUAUCAUGUUUAGCCAUGGUAGAGGGUCCAAAGAGCCACAUGCGGCUCCGGAUCCGCCGGUGGCAGACCCCGGGUCUAAAGUAUUCUUGCUAUAUGUGGGGAGUGUUGGCCUAGUGGUUAGAGCAGUGGCUCUGAGAAGGUUGCAAGUACCCGUUCUUAA